AUUAAUGAAACCAUGUGUCGACAUUAUCGCGCCGCGAAACACGUGUUGCACAAAUUCGCGGCAGUUUGUUUUUGAGCUGUCGUUCAUGGUUGUGGUCGAUAUUAUAUCCAGCGUCUGACAAUGGAACCAGGGAACAUGGGAAGUGAGCUAUGUGUGCGAAUCAACGAAGAAGUGUCGUAAAAAUAUCUCGGGCCGUGUGAAGUAAAAAUCUCGCGGCGGUGGAGGGUACUUCUUGAGAAGGUGUACGUAAAGAAGGAGUGAGUGACGAAAGGAGAGUGGAGGUACAACGGUAUAGGUUUCACCGACAUCGCCGAGUUGUAAGAUAUCUUCAGAUCAAGUAGAUGAAAAUACCAGGCGUCAUAUUCCAUCGUUUUCGGCUGGAAGAGCAGACGCGUGUUUUGAAUAUUUAAAGUUUUGGUAGCGUGAGACUGAAUAAAGCACAUGCCGAUUGUGAUCCUUGUUCUUCUUCUGGGACAUAUUUCUGAAGGCAGUCAACAUGAGGUACACGGGGGAAUGUCUAGGCGAGAAGUACUGGCCUCCCUCUUAAAUGAUGAGUAUUACGACCCAAGAAUUCCACCUGAUUUCGAACAAGACUACCCCACCAACGUCACACUUCAGCUCCAUAUUCUCAAUGUCGACUCUAUCAACGAAGGAUCUCUGGACUACUCCAUCAACCUCUAUCUGCGACAACAGUGGACAGACCCUCGGCUGGUCUUCCUCGGAUACAACAAAUCCAUCUGGCUCGAGCUGGACACCAGGAUGUUGCAGAACGUCUGGGUUCCAGACGUGUACUUCCGCAACGAAAAGAAGGCCACCUUCCACAACGUGACCGUUCCCAACCGUCUGCUCCACAUCUACAGGAACGGCACGGUCAGCUACAGCUUACGACUAUCUUUGACAUUGAGUUGUUACAUGGAUCUUAAGAGAUAUCCAUUUGAUGUACAAGAAUGUCCAAUCAUCUUGCAGAGUUAUACGUACACCGUAGACAACGUGGUUUUCCACUGGGCACCAGAAGAUGCUAUCUCUUACACGAAUCCUUUAAAUAUUCCACAGUUUAAAUUUGUAGGGUACGAACUACAGGACUGCACGUAUAUUUUCGAAAACAGAUUCGCAUGUAUUAAAGCCGAUUUUAAACUCGAGCGAGAAUUUGGUUUCUUCCUCAUCCAAGUUUACACUCCCAGCACUCUCAUAGUGAUUCUGUCCUGGAUAUCGUUUUGGAUCGACAUCGAGGCUGUUCCUGCACGCAUUUCAUUGGGUGUCCUCACCGUUCUCACCAUGACGACGCAGAGCGCAGGCGCACAGGCUUCUUUACCUAAAGUGUCCUACAUCAAAGCCGUCGACAUCUGGAUGUCCACGUGCAUGUUCUUCGUCUUUGGCGCGCUCCUGGAAUUCGCAUACGUCAACGUGUUGUCAAGGCGCGUCCAAGCUCUCAGACUCAGAAGUCAAGAAAAACGGCGUGCGAAAAGAGAGUUAACUCCCAUGGCAGAUGUUGCAAAUGAACCAGAAGACGAAAUACCCGUUCCCAGGUUUUCGGCGAGACAAAUAGAUAAAGUCUCUAGAGUUGUUUUUCCUUCAUUGUUUUCUAUCUUCAACAUUGGCUACUGGUCUUGGUAUCUAAUUCAUUUUACAUAACUAGUCUACGACAAGUAUGUAAUCUGUUAUAUCGAGAGUAUGAAUUUGCGCGCGCGUGUGUGUACGUGCGUAAUCGUUUUUAAUAUUACAUUAGCAGCCUGUUGUGUAUAUGUAUCAGUGUGUACAUACAAUUGGUGAUAUAUUCCAUUAAUGAUCUCUGUUCUUACCACAAUAUUUGUGGUAUAUAGUUUAUGAAAGGAAGUGAAAAAAAAAAUCAACAACGAAAGCAAAUAAAAGAGUGAUAAAGCGAAUGAGGUAGACGGUGAGACUUAAGGAAGGAAGAUGUAUGUGUGUUUGUUUGUGUUUGUGUGUGUGUGUGUGAGAGAGAGAGAGAGAGAGAGAGAGAGAGAGAGAGAGAGAGAGAGAGAGAGAGAGAGAGAGAGAGAGAGAGAGAGAGAGAGAUGUGGGUCAAGGUUAACUGGAAUGUUGAAUGAUAUAAGACACUCCUGAAAUUAUCCAAACAGUAAAGAAUAUGAAGCAUUCCUGUGAUAUGCGGUGUUGUAAUAGACCUUGAAUAUUGUAAAUAAUAAAUAUCUUUGCACUA